AUGCCUAACGAAAUACGCGAUAUCCGGACCGUGCAUGAGGAAGACGGCAUGAUACUGGAAAAGAACGUCUCGGUGCCCUUGAAGGGUGGAGGAGUCAUUCGAUGCAAUGUCUUUCGGCCCAAGACCCAGUCCAUUGAUCCCCUGGAACGGUUCCCCGCGAUUGUCAGCCUCGGGCCAUACGGCAAGGAUAUUAAAUACAAGCAUUUCCAUGCGUCAAGCUUCGCAGAAGUGAACCCUGACCACCAAACAAAGCACGCGGUCUGGGAGACCCCUACACCCGAGUACUGGACUCGUCAGGGCUAUGUUGUCGUCCGCGGUGACGAAGUCGGGACUGGUCAAUCCCCGGGGUACAUGGAUGUCUUCUCGGCCGCAAGUGUUGAUGCGUACUUUGAGCUUAUUGAAUGGGCUUCCGAACAGCCAUGGUGUACUGGAAGGAUCGGACUGCUUGGCAUCAGUUAUUACGCGGUCCAGCAGUGGAAGGUUGCUGCCCGGCAUCCCAAGGGCCUGGCUUGUAUGAUUCCCUGGGAAGGCUUUGCUGACACCUAUCGUGAUGCUGCUCGUCACGGAGGCAUCUUAUCCAAUGGAUUCUUUGACUAUUGGUGGCCUCGACAAGUCGAAUCCAACCAGUACGGUCUGCCUGGCAGAGCAAGUCGCAACUGGGGGGAGGAUACCAUUGAAGGAGACCUCUCUGCAGAUGAACUCGCGACCAACAGAACAAACCUGGUCGAGGCGCUUGGAGAGCGCUGGUACCGCGACCAUGAGGCGUUUGCAUCUGUGAAUGUUCACCUUGAGGACAUUAAGGUCCCGCUUCUCACUGUUGCCAACUGGGGUGGAUUCUUGUUGCAUCUCCGUGGUAAUGUCCAGGGAUUCCUCCGUGCUGGCUCGGAGCUGAAAUAUAUCCGGUUUAUCGUUGGCCGUCAUGAUCUUCCCUUCUAUUAUCCUGAGGAGGUUGAAUUGCAACGAAGCUUCCUGGAUGCCUUUUGCAAAGGCGAUGAUCGAGCUGGUUGGUCACGAAAGGGGAAGGUCCCGCCAGUCGACUUACUGCUCCGCAAGGGAAACAAGGGUUCCAAUAAUCCGAGUUCAGAAGCGACAUUCCCUCGACGGUUCGAGAAUGAGUGGCCCAUUGCAAGAACCAAAUACACGGAUUACUAUCUGCACCCAGACUACAGUCUCGCAACCACCCAUCCAGAUGUCCCCAAACCCACGAAACUCACGUACAAUGCCCCGGAAAAGGGCCAAUACACCGACAUGAUCACUUUUACCACUCAGCCAUUCGAGGCCGAGACCGAAAUCACCGGCCACAUUGUUGCGCACCUGAAUGUUUCCAUGAGUCCCCUGCACGCGUGCACCACCACCCCCUCAGAUCUCGACCUGUUUCUGACCCUGCGCCACUUCGACAAACACGACAAAGAAAUCUUCUACACCGGGACGAUUGGCGACCCUGCCCCCGUUACAAAGGGCUGGCUGCGCGUUAGCCUUCGCAAGACGAACGAGUCCGGCUUCCACCACGAAUCAUGGCUUCCUCAGCGGGAGUACUGUUCUUCGGAUGUCCAGCCUGUCAUUCCCAAUGAUGUUUACGCCGUUGAUGUGGAAGUGUGGCCGACGAAUGUUGUGGUUGAAGAGGGCGGCAGGCUGGCGAUUGAAAUCAGCUCCGGUGACACGCAAGGGAUUGGGCUGUUUCGUCACGAUAAUAAGACUGACAGGCCAGAGGCUACGUUCUUGGGACUGAAUCACCUUCACUUUGGCCCGAGAUAUUUGAAUUAUGUCACUUUUCCAAUCAUUCCCGCCAAAGAAGACUAA